UUCUCUCGGCAAUCAGGCACAAAUUCAUCCCCCCUCGAUGCCGGCCGUCCCAUCAAACGGCCCCGUGCCCAGUUCAGUACCUCCUUCUAAGAAGGAAACAUGCACCUCGUCCAAUACGCUAUUGGGCAUAAACAAACGUGAAAAGAACAUGGAGUUCUUGGCCGGAGUUUUCGUUUUGGUCGGUUUUUCAACAUUGGUCGACGCACAGAUACAAAAACCAAAUAUCGUUGUCAUUGUUGCCGACGAUCUGGGAUGGAAUGAUGUUGGAUACCAUGGUUCUAACCAAAUCCCAACACCCAAUAUCGACGCAUUGGCAUUUUCCGGCGUAAUCCUCAACAAUUAUUACGUUGCGCCAAUAUGUACUCCGUCUCGGAGUGCACUGAUGACGGGAAAAUACCCAAUUCAUACAGGUAUGCAGCACUCCGUGUUGAUGGGAGCUGAAGACAGAGGACUUCCGCUAAGCGAGAAACUCCUUCCGGAAUAUCUCAAAGAAGCAGGAUACGCGACAAGAGCCGUGGGAAAGUGGCAUCUGGGCUCCUGGAAGUCUGAAUACUUGCCGACAAGCAGAGGUUUCGAUUCGCAUCUUGGAUUUUGGACGGGACAUCAUGAUUACAAUGACCACACAGCAAUGGAAACUAGAAUGUGGGGGCUUGACAUGAGAAGAGAUAUGGAAGUGGCGUACGACCUUCACGGACGGCACUCGACGGAAGUAUUCACCGAAGAGGCAGUUAAUAUCAUUCAUGAUCAUAACACUUCGCGACCCCUAUUUCUAUAUUUAGCUCAUGCCGCAGUCCACUCGGGAAAUCCAUACAAUCCGAUAUGCACCGUUGACAAAGACGCAUCCCUAUUCACGAACAUAACUGAUUACGAUAGAAAGAGGUUCGCGGGUGUUCUGAAAGGGCUCGAUGACUCGGUCGGCCACGUUGUCCAUGCUUUGCAAAAAAAAGAAAUACUGAGCAAUACUAUAAUAAUUUUCACGACUGACAACGGCGGCCCCGCGGCUGGUUUCAACUUGAACGCCGCCUCCAAUUGGCCUCUGCGAGGGGUUAAAAACACACUAUGGGAAGGAGGUGUACGCGGGGCAGGAUUGAUUUGGUCCCCAUUGAUCACCAAUGUUUCAGUCAUCUCGCUACAAAAAAUGCACAUCACUGACUGGCUUCCAACCCUUCUAAGCGCUGCUUCCAUCGAAAAAGUAUUCCCGACACCGAUCGAUGGCAUAGAUAAUUGGGCAGGGUUCUUCGGCCAUCACGUCGGUCGCACUGAGGUCCUUCAUAACAUCGAUGACAUAUAUGGAAAUGCAGCCUUGACAAUGGGCGACUGGAAAGUCAUAAAAGGAACGACGUACGGAGGGGAAUGGGAUGGAUGGUUCGGUCCGUCCGGUAGAGGAGAUGAAUACGAUCCACGUCUAGUCGUCAGCUCCUUAGCCGGCCAAGGGGCGAUUUCCGUGGGACAGAUAUUGACUGAAGAGUCCGUCCGAUUGAUGAGGAAGCACGCCGAAGUCGUUUGCCAGUCAAAGGAAAAGACACCUUGUCUACCCAUGGAAUCCCCUUGCCUUUUUAACAUAAAACUAGAUCCUUGCGAGUACAACAACCUAGCAAAGUCUUAUCCGAGAGUUCUUAAGCAUCUCAUGGAAAGACUUUUGGAACUGAACAGGACAGCAAUACCACCCGGAAAUCGUCCUAUCAACCAAAAAGGAAAUCCAAAAUAUUGGAAUAAUGUAUGGACCAAUUUUGGCGACUAUGAUUUUGAUUCUGUAAAGGUUACUGUAAUUUAGAAAAUAUAUAUUCGCCAAAUUACAACCAUCAAAGUAAUUACCUAUUUA